GGGGAGAGAGAUGAAUGCGUCUGGUGGAGUGUGCAAGGAGUAGAAUGCCAACGGACCUUUACCGCAUUAACAUUGUGGUACAGGUACUUGAUUUAGUCACAAGAUUGAUUGCUGCUGGAGCAGAUGUCAAUAGCAAAGAAAGAGGGGAAGCUGAAAAGUCAACAUUACAAGGGCACACAGCUCGAUGUUUGGAAAGCAGUGUAUUGUCAUAUAGAGGAGAAGGUUGGAUUGAUACAGAAUUUUCUGGCAAUUCCCCACUGUUCAAAUCUCUUGAGUCAGAGAAGAUUGUCACUCAUUUGAUUGCUGCUGGUGCAGAUGUGAAUUUCAAGGAUGACAACAGCUGUACACCACUGCUUGCAGCUAUUCAUAAGGAGCAUUUGAAGUCACUGGACCUUUUGCUGAAGGCUGGUGCUGAUCGAAAUGCAGUGGAUAACUGUGGUGUGACAGCUCUCCACUUGGCCGCCAGCUGUCGAAAGGUACCACCUCAAGUCAUAGCAUUUGCUAAAGAACAGAUUGAACAGGGUAUGAGACUAGACAUCAUGGAUCAUCAGGGCAGGACACCUCUUCAUUAUGCUGCACUGACUGGAAAUCGCGGAGUUAUGAAACUCCUCAUCAGUUUGGGAGCCAAUGUAAAUGCUGUAGAUGUCUCUGGUAAGACUCCCAUUGCCAUGCCAGCCAUACAUUCACUUAAGGUGAAACAGUUACUGAUUAAUGUUGGAGCUGACUUAACAGCAAGAGAUAAACAUGGCAAGACAGCCUUACAUACAUCAUUUGAGAUUGAUAAUAUUGAAAUCACUAAGUUUCUCAUGAAGAAGCAUAAACAAGAGAUUGGUUGUGAUAGUAAUGGUAAUAAUAUCCUGCAUUGUGCAGUCAGAGCUCGAAGGAAUGCACUUGACAAAGUGAAGUAUAUACUGAAUAAAAAACUUACUACAAUUGAAGAAAAGAAUGAAAACGGAGAGACAGCUCUAAUGUGUGCUGUACAGUUGCCUCCAUUUCACACAGAAAAACAGACUCUUGUUCAAAUACUAUUGACAUCAGGUGCUAGCCCCAAUGCUAAAGACUCGCAAGGGAAGACUCCUCUCCAUAUUGCAGCUGCAGAGGGAGAUGCAAAGACAGUGGAUGCUCUGAUUGCUGCUGGAGCAGAUGUAACAGAGAGGGAUUUAAAUGGUCGGAUGCCUCUGCACUGGGCAGCUCAGUCCCACCGUGCUGAGGCCGUGAAAUUACUGCUGAAUGAGAGAAAUGAGCAACAUGAAAUGGGGAUCAAUCAACAGGACAAUGGUGGGCAGACCCCAUUGAUGCUUGCUGUCAAAGAAAAACAGUCUGUAAAGUUAUUGCUAAAAGAAGGUGCCAAUGUUAAUAUGCAGGAUCAUGCUGGAAGUACAGCGCUCCAAGCAGCAAUUGAGUGCAAAAAUUUUGAUGCAAUGAAGCUACUGCUGGUUGCAGGAGCAGAUUUCUUACCUGCUCAGAGGGAGUAUCAUGUUAGAGCAAUCCAUUUGGCUGUUGCAGCAGGGGAUACUAAGAUACUGGAGCACCUGAUUUCAAUGGGAAUGGACCUUUUAGACUGCUGGUGGGACCCUGAACACAAGACAACUCUGCUACAUGUUGCAGCUGAAACCAGUGUGGAAAUGUUGAAGCAGCAAGAUCCUGUGAGACAUGGGGAAUGGAUUGACCAUACAGAUUAUGUCAAUAAGGUUAGAUGGACUCUGGACGGGGAAAAUGACUGGAUUGUGGUGAACUUUAGUGAAUGUUGUGCUACUUCAUCUAAAAAGGUCUCUCACAAAUGGUUCAUAGGCAUCGUGACAGAUGUAACAAAUGAGAAAUACAAUGGAGCAUCAUUCGUCAAAUUCACUGAAAUCAAAAUCAACUCAGAAUCAACUUAA